CAACAUCUCGAUUGCACGAGGGAAAUGCAGAAUCGUUGUGAAAUAUUGAAUUGAUUCACUUUUAUCAAAAUGGAUUGUGUAUAAAUCGUUUCAAGAUGCUUUCCUAGCGUUUUAUAUAGGGACUGAUAUGUUAAUAAUUUAUCAACAAAGAAGUGUUUGUACACGUUCACGUUUACGGAAAUUCUAAACCUGCCUUUUCUUGCAAUCGGCCGGUGUAAUACACUGUGCGUAAUAAAGAAAAUACCUUCCUUUUUUCAUUUUCAUAAUAUCUAAACAAAUCGUGAAAAACCGCUUAUUUUGCUAUACAUCGCUGGAUUUAUUCAUAACAUCUCUUCAGAACUAUGCCGCGUUCAUAUUCUCGUUCCCCAUCGCGAUCAAAAUCUUCACGCCGAAGGUCGCGUUCUAAAUCUCGUGAAAGGGAUAAAUAUUCUAGUAGGAAAGACUAUCAGCGAUACCGACCCUUGGAAGAUCGUUCCUCGAAUUCCCGUUCGCUGGCCAGCUCAUCAUCGCGGAGUAAUAGUCACCAGUCUCAUCGCAAUCAACAUAAACAUUCAAGCAGCAAGAAUGAUUACCGACGAAGGAGUCGCUCGAGAAAUCGUGAGGGACGUGACCGCGAUCGAAAGAGGUCAAAGUCACGGGAAAAAUACACUCGCAAGCGGGCUAGCUCUAGCAGUUCUAGUAGCAACAGUGGCAGUAGCAGCAGUACCAGCAGUAGCAGUAGCAGUUCUGGAAACUCAAGCUCACCGGCACGUUCAGAUGAAGCGAACAUAAACGAAAAAGAGUUUAUAUUUAAAUCAUUGGUUGAUAAUCCGGAUUCGCAGCUCGACAAAGCAUCAGUGUUGGCAAAAAUAGAUGCAGAUGAGUUCGUACCACAAUCCUUCGAAUCUUCUAAAAAGCCCGCCCCAAAUCCUGUAACUGGAAGUAUCGUUAUUGAUUUGGCUGCUCAAACGAUAAAAGUGCCGAAACCAGAUGAGGAACUAGCGGAAGAUCCGCUGUUUCAUCCAAAUUUUUUCGGUAGCGACGAUGAAAGAAUGACUCGGUGGGUUCGCAAGCUGUUGACUAUGAGACAAAAUGUUUAAGAACAAAAAAAAUGAGACAUCUGCUUUAAACGGCCAUUUAUUCAUCACUCUACACAAUAAAAUCUAUUUCAACCUAAAA